GAGCGAGAGAGAGAGAAAGACCGCUGAACGCCGGUGGAUGAGAGAGGAGAAACAGAGUGAGAUAGAGAGAGAGAGGGAGAGAGCAGCAGAGUGAAAGAAAGACACGAAGAAACAUGGAAUCUAACACGGAGAAAACAUUCGCGGACUUUUCUGGAUCCUGGAAAAUGAAAAGCUCCGAAAACUUCGAGGAGCUUUUGAAAGCGCUCGGCGUAAACGUCUUUUUGAGGAAGAUUGCAGUUGCAGCAGCUUCCAAACCAGCAGUUGAGAUCUCACAGCAGGGGGAGAGCCUGUCUGUUCAGACCUCCACCAGCGUUCGGACCACUCAUGUGUCCUUCACGGUGGGCGAGUCCUUCAAUGAGACCACGGUGGACGGACGGCCAUGCACAAGUUUUCCGAAAUGGGAGACGGACAGUAAAAUCUCUUGCGAGCAGACGCUACAGAAGGGGGAGGGGCCUGAGACAUCAUGGACACGGGAACUGACCAAUGAUGGCCAGAUGAUUCUCACCAUGAGAGCCGGAGAUGUUGUCUGCACUCGCGUGUAUGAACGAGAGUGAAGGAUCUGAGUUCAUUCCAUUCCAUCUCAACUCAACUGUCUACAUCUUGUGGAGGAAGAAGAAACAAUGCUAGUUUAUUACUGCACCGUCCUUUCACUUUUUAUGUUUGAAAUGUUUGUGUGUCAGAGAAAGAAAGGUGUUUGAAGAAUCAGAAUUAAUGGUAACAAUUUACAACAACAGUACAAUAGUGACGUACUAAUAUGUUAACUAAAUGUUAAUUCAUAAUGAACUAAUAAUGAGUUAAGGCAUGCUCUAAUCAAGAACAAACUUUAACUACAACUUGAGUCACCUGUUAGUUUAUUUUUGUGGAUUUAAGUAUCAAUUAACUCCUUAGAUUAAGCUAAAUGUAACCAACAUGAGCUCAAGAGCUGUUAAUGUAUAAUUAUUUCAUGACUUUACUUGAAAGGUCACAUUAUCUUUAACUCAUUCUUAACUACUCGUAAACUUCUUUGUUUAAACUGUUAAUUUUUGUGUAAACAGAACAUUUUUUAAAUUGUUUUUCAAUGUAAAAACACACUUGAUGGACGUACAUGACUGUUAUGUUUAAACACAGGAGUUCAUGAUGGGCAUGGGACGAUAACCGUUUUCAAGGUAUACCGCGGUUUGAAAAAGUCAAGGUUUUAAAACUGUCAAAAUUUUCCGUAAUACCGUUUUUAAGGUAUGUGUAAGAUUUUUAAUUUAAGGUUUUUUUUUUUUUUUUAA